ACCGGAGCUCCGCGUUCCGCUCUUCUUCCUCACAUCGGGAGCACAGCUCGUACCUGGCGGCGUGCCGGGCCUGCGGCGUCUGCCCGGCCUCCUGUCUGCUGCCCGAUCCGCCCGGCCCUGCGCUCCUCCUGCGGCACCGCGGGAUGGGCUCUCGGGGUGCCAAGGCGUUGGCUCUUUCCUUGAUGGCCAACACCUCUGUCGUCUCGUUAGACCUGGGUGACAAUUGGCUGCUGGGAGAAGGAGCAGCUGCAAUUGCAGAAAUGCUGAAAGAAAACCACUCCAUUUCAGCUGUCGAUUUAUCUGACAACAAAAUGGGCACUGAAGGAGCUAAGGCCAUUUCUGCUAUGCUUCUAGAAAAUACUACAGUUGUGGUCCUCCAGCUCUCUGGAAAUGAGUUUGAUGACCAUGCAGCCAAGUAUUUAGCAGAUGCCAUCACAGCAAACAGCAAAGUGGAAGUUCUGGAUCUGAGUUACAACAAGUUUGGUGAGAAAGCAGGUGAAGUUCUUGGAGGGGCAAUAGCAGAAAACAUCGGAUUAAAGGAACUGAAAAUCAGCUGGAACCAUUUCCACAGUGAGGGAGCAGUUGCUUUGGCCAAAGGCGUGGGGGCAAACGUGUUCCUCAAGGUGCUGGAUGUUUCCUACAAUGGCUUUGGCAACAGUGGAGCAGCUGCCUUGGGAGAUGCUCUCCGAGCCAACAACGUGCUGGAAGAGCUCAAUGUAAGGUGAGUCAGGCUUUCAGCCUGCUGCAUGUUUUCUCUUCAGAGCCUACAGAAGUGAGGUAUGAGAGAAAGAUGUUAUGUUUGGAGCAAGAAUUGGACCGUGGGCUUUGUUCAGUUCGUGGCCUGUAGGGAGGCAUGGCGGUGAAACAGCAAUGGAAACAAGGCGGCCAAGAACCGCGGUGAACUGAGCUGAGACCUCAACAAGUUUGUGGUCAUUAAUAUCACUGAUGGAAGUGGUUCCAGAAAAAUGGCCA